AUGACCACGAUUCUCAACAAGGGUCAGCUUCUCGAGACUGAGCAAAUGUUCCGCGACGCCGGUGAGCAGUGGCCUGUUAUUAUCCCCGAGGAGGAGAUCCGCCAAGCAGCCCCUGGUACUAAGAAUUUUUUUCUUCAAGCUAUGUCUCAUAGCUGUUUUCUCCAUUUUUUUGUUUGCCCCAGGUAUGCAUUAAAUGAUGUUGGUUCUGGAUCUCAUGUGCAUCUCAGUUUGUGGGAAAAUGGGGAAAAUGUAUUUAUGGCAUCUGGUGGACACUCUAAGCAUGGAAUGUCCAAGGUUGGAGAAGAGUUCAUGGCAGGGGUUUUAAAUCAUCUUCCUUCAAUUCUGGCCUUUACGGCACCAAUUCCAAACAGUUAUGAUUGCAUAGUGCCCAAUAUGUGGAGUGGAGCAUACCAGUGCUGGGGAAAAGAGAACAGAGAAGCACCCCUGAGAACCGCAUGCCCACCUGGGGUUCCAAAUGGUGUUGUGAGCAACUUUGAGAUUAAAGCAUUUGAUGGGUGUGCAAAUCCACACUUGGGGCUGGCUGCUAUAAUUGCUGCUGGGAUUGAUGGCCUUCGUAGACAUCUGAGUCUGCCCGAACCCAUUGGUAAGUAGGAUUAUAUGAUUGUACUAUACCCAAAGUGUCACAUCGAUUAUUUGUUAGUGUUUUUUCUGUGCAUUGUUUCUGAAUAUUUUUUUAGACAUACCAUCCAUAAGUCCCC